AUGGCGUGUGGCAGAGUGAAAAAAAUAGGUAACAAUCCGGGUCGCUUUGCCAAUGCUACCCUGGUCCGACUCUCCGAGUAUUUAAGCACGGGGUACAAGAAAGGCGUUCGUCCUGUGAAAAAUUGGAGACAGUCCACGAUGGUGGCCAUUGACCUGAUGGUGUACUCUAUUCUCAACGUGGAUGAGAAGAAUCAAGUUCUCACAACUUACGUGUGGUACAGACAGCAAUGGACCGAUGAAUUUCUUGUAUGGAACCCUGAGGAUUUCGAUGAAGCGAAAAAAGCGUCUAUUCCCACUGCCAAUGUGUGGGUGCCUGAUAUUGUCAUCAACGAAUUUGUCGAUGUGGGAAAAUCCCCUGACAUCCCAUAUGUGUACGUGAGCCACGACGGACUGGUGCGCAACUACAAGCCCAUUCAGGUGGUAACUGCCUGCACCCUAAACAUCUACAACUUCCCUUUCGAUGUCCAGAACUGCAGCCUCACCUUCCAGAGCUGGCUACACACUAUAAACGACAUCAACAUCACUCUGAUGAGAAGCCCGGAGGAUGUGAAGGAGGAUAAGAGUGUGUUUAUGAAUCAGGGUGAAUGGGAGCUUCUACACGUCCUCUCAAAGUACAACUCCUUCAGCCUCGACAACGACGACUACUAUGCCGAAAUGAAGUUCCACGUGGUGAUUCGCCGGCGGCCUCUGUUCUACACGGUGAACCUGCUCCUGCCCAGUAUAUUCCUGAUGGUGAUGGAUGUGGUGGGCUUCUACCUGCCGCCUGACAGCGGAGAGAGAGUCUCCUUCAAGAUCACACUGUUGCUGGGAUACUCCGUCUUCCUCAUCAUCGUAUCCGACACGCUCCCCGCCACUGCCAUUGGGACACCUCUCAUAGGUGUGUAUUUUGUGGUGUGUAUGGCGCUCCUGGUGAUCAGCCUGACGGAGACGGUGCUGAUCGUGCGGCUGGUCCACCAGCAGGACUUGCAGCCGCGCGUGCCCAACUGGCUGAGGCACCUGGUGCUGGAGCGGGCCGCCACGCUGCUCUGCGUCCGAGACAAACACAAGUUCUGCUCCAGCCUGCUGGCCUCUUCCCCACUGCCGCCCUACACAGAGAAUAACAUACACACAGCCUCCCACUGUACCCACCACCACACCUGCGACGUUUCCCGAGACCACGGCCGCAGCCUUGGCCUGCCCGUGCGUGACCCCACCCCGCCCGUCAUGGACAACAUCCUGCAGGAGGUGUCGUGCAUACGGCAGUACCUGGACAGGCGGGACGAGAGCCGGGACGUGGCUAAGGAGUGGCUGCAGGUGGGCUACGUGCUGGACGUGCUCCUGUUCCGGGUCUACCUGGUGGCCAUGCUCACCUACAGCAUCACACUGGGGACACUGUGGUCCGUGUGGCAGUACGCCUGAGAAAUGAGUGUGCACACACACACACACACACACACACACACACACACACAU